GGUACGAGGGGUAAACCCGCAGGAAGUAGCUCACUGGACCACCAACACAGGAACAACAGAGUAAACAGACACGUUUAAUCUGUUUUUGGGACUAUAUCUCCAUGAUUAUGAGAUGAGACAGUACAGUCAGUCCCUCGCUCGGACGGUGUGGCGCGUCUGUGAUGGUUUGAGCUGCUGUUAUAGGCAUGAAUGAAGGCAGGCAUCCAUGUCCAACCAUGGAGAGGAGAAAAUAACCCCAAAAAGAAGGAAAAGAAGACGCUGCAUCGCUGAGGAAUCUUCAGCCUCUAACUCCGACUGAGGGUUGGCACAUCCGGACGGAGAACCGGAGAGCGACCAAGGGGUGAGGGGCGAGGGGCUGGUGCUCAGAAUGGCUUUCCUCGACAACCCUGCCAUCAUCCUGGCCCACAUCCGGCAGUCGCACGUGACCAGCGAUGACACCGGGAUGUGCGAGAUGGUCCUGAUCGACCACGACGUGGAUCUGGAGAAGUGCCAUUUGUCUGUGGCGUCCGCUGGUGGAGGCUUGUCUGGGGGUUCGUUUGGGGACGGCAGCAGUGGAGGAGAUGGCCAGACCUGCGAUCUCUCUCAGUCUGUCGACAUCACCUCCAGCUGGGACUUUGGCAUCCGACGGCGCUCCAACACAGGACGACAAGACAGUUUCGUGAGACCUGAGCCUGCUGCUCAAAGAUUGGAGCGAUUGAGGAAAGAACGACAGAACCAGAUCAAGUGCAAAAACAUCCAGUGGAAAGAGAGAAGCUCGUCACAAUCAGCAGACGACUUGAGCUCGCUGUUUGAAAAGAAGGACUUUAAGGACAGGCCCCGGAGCACAGGCAGUAAAUCCACACUCUCGCUGCGGCUAGAACAGUGUCCUCAGCAGCUCAACAACCCCUUCAAUGAGUACUCCAAAUUUGAUGGCAAGGGCCAUGUUGGUACAACGGCAACCAAAAAAAUUGACGUCUACCUCUCAAUGCAGUCGACCCAAGAAAAGCUUCACCCCAUGACGGUGGUCACAAUGGCCAACGCUCGGGUCCACGAUCUUAUUGGGCUUAUCUGCUGGCAGUACACCUGUGAGGGCCGCGAACCCAAACUCACUGAGAAUGUCAACACUUACUGCCUCCACAUCGCUGAGGAUGACGGCGAGGUGGACACUGAUUUCCCUCCGCUGGACUCCAACGAGCCCAUACACAAGUUUGGCUUCAGCACGCUGGCUCUGGUCGAGAAGUAUUCAUCUCCUGGACUGGGGCCCAAACAGUCACUCUUUGUUCGAAUAAACGCGGCUCAUGGUUUCUCCCUGAUCCCAGUGGACAGCCAGAAAGUCACCAUGAAGGAUAUUCUGCAGAAGGCCCUAAAAAAGCGAAAGGGCUCCCAGAAAGGAGCAGGCCCCAUGUAUCGUCUGGAGAAGCAAACCGAACCGAAUGUGGCGGUGGAUUUGGACAGUACACUGGAGAGCCAGGGAACCAUGGAGUUCUGCUUGGUUCGAGAAAACAGUUCUCGAGGCGAGGAGAGCUCAGAGGAGGACCCGCCUAUAGACAUCACUACGGUACAGGACAUGUUGAGCAGUCACCACUACAAGUCCUUCAAGAUCAGCAUGAUCCACAAGCUCCGCUUCACCACAGACGUGCAGCUAGGAAUUUCUGGUGAAAAGGUGGAGAUCGAUCCUGUCACCAAUCAGAAGACAAGCACAAAGUUCUGGAUCCGACAGAAGCCGAUCUCCAUCGACUCGGAUCUGCUGUGUGCCUGUGACCUGGUGGAGGAAAAGAGUCCAAGUCAUGCAAUAUUUAAGCUCACAUAUCUAAGCAACCACGAUUACAAAGCCCUAUACUUCGAGUGUGAUGCUGCUACUGUCAAUGAGAUUGUGCUCAAGGUGAACUACAUUCUGGAGUCUCGUGCCAGUACGUCGAGGGCGGAUUACUUCGCCCAGAAGCAACGGAAACUGAACCGUCGCACAAGCUUCAGUUUCCAGAAGGACAAAAAGUCGGGCCAGUAGAGCUGGUGGCCAAACUGAUCAGCAGACUCUGAACCAAACGGCCUGCGUGAACAGAGGCAGAGAGAAAGACGGGAAACAUAAAGAAUAGAAGGAUGGCGAGAAUUUUAGAUGAAAAUGCAUUUACAUCAGAUGGAGAAAUCAGCCUCUCAAGGUCGACCUUUUUUGGACUGACGUUCCUUAAUCAUAUCAGAGCACUCAUGCUCUCUGCUGUCACUCGAAUGUACUAGCAAAACCAACCAACAAUCUAAUUGAACAAUUAUAUUAAUGUUUGAAGCCACAGCCAUUGCCCAGACCAGACAGAACCACCCUCUGGACUCUGAAUGCCACGGACCGACAACUUGCUGCUGUUUGCGUCAAAGACUUCCUUCCACUGCCUCCAAA